AUGGCCCAGUCCCCUCCUCCGCAGGGCCUCCUCGGCCACGACCACUGGAUCUUCCCCCAGGGUUGGGGCUGGACCGGCCACUCAGACUCCACGUCCCCGGCCUCCUCCUCGGAUUCGUCGGGCUCCUGCCCCUGCGACCGUGCCCGCGGCCCCUCGCAGCCGGCGCCCCCAGCCCGCAGCGCCUCAGAGGCCGCCUCGACGGCACCCGGACGUGCGCGGACCCGGCCGGUAGGCGGGCAGCGGCAGAGCGCCAGCGAGCGUGAGAAGCUGCGCAUGCGCACGCUCGCCCGCGCCCUGCACGAGCUGCGCCGCUUUUUGCCGCCGUCCGUGGCGCCCGCCGGCCAGAGCCUGACGAAGAUCGAGACGCUGCGUCUGGCCAUCCGCUACAUCGGCCAUCUGUCGGCCGUGCUGGGCCUCAGCGAGGAGAGCCUGCAGCGCCGGCGCCGGCGGCACAGCGACGCGGUGCUCCCUCGAGGCUGCCCGCUGUGCCCCGACGGCGGCCCCGCGCAGACGCAGACGCAAGGGUGCGGCCCUGGCUCAGCCGCUAGCGCCGCGGUGUCCUGGGGGUCCCCGCCCGUCUGUCCCGGAGCCCUAGCGGCGCCCGAGCGCCUGGGGAGCAGGGUCCCCGAUAUGGGUCCCUGGGUGACACCCCCUUACUGCCCUGGGAUGCAGUCGCCCCCGCAGCUGUCCCAAGGGAGAGCUCCUGACGCGGCCCGUUGGACGCCGCCCCAAGCCUGUUCCGGAACGCAGACACCCCCAGAGCCCCGGAACCAGGCCACGCCCUGGACCUCGCCCCCCGCAAUGGAGCUGGCUGCAGUGUACCAGGGUAUCUCUAUGUCUCCGGAGUCCUGUCUGUUGCCAGAAACCCCUCCUGUCCUGCCCCGCCCAGCAUGCCAGAGACUCCAGCCUGAGACCCAGUGGGGAUGCUGGAGCCACAGUGCAGAGGUGCUGCCCAGCUUGGAGGACCAGGGACCAGACCCUGCUUUCCAGCUCAGUGAUGAAAGCCCUCCCCAGAGCUCAGGCCUACAGCUCAGUGGCUGCCCUGAAUUUUGGCAAGAAGAUUUGGAGGGGACUCACCUGGGCAUCUUCUACUAA